AUGGAUAGACGUACUCCUUACUCACUCAGUGUCCUUGCACCGACUGUUGAUGGGGCAGAGGAUUCUCGCACACAGAUUCAGGCCCGACUACGGGAGUUUGUCCUGGAAUUCCAGCUGGACAAUGCGUUCAUCUACCGAGAUCAACUCCGGCAGAAUGUUCUUGUCAAACAGUACUACUGCGAUAUCGACAUCGCACAUUUGAUUUCUUACAACGAGGAGCUUGCCCACAAGCUCACGACAGAACCUGCAGAUAUCAUUCCUCUCUUCGAGGCGGCCCUCCAGCAAUGUACCCAGCGAAUCGUCUAUCCCUCGCAGCGGGACAUUUCCCUCCCCACCCACCAGCUCCUGCUACACUCCUCCGCUACGCAUAUCUCCAUCCGUGACCUGAAUGCGACAAAUAUCUCUCAUCUGGUGCGCAUUCCGGGUAUCGUCAUUGGCGCUUCGACCAUCUCGUCAAAGGCGACGCUUGUCCACAUCCGAUGCAAGGGCUGUGACCACACCGACAACCUACGAGUCGAUGGGGGGUUUUCGGGGCUGACCCUCCCCCGGAGGUGCGGUCGCAACAGGGAUCCCGGCGACCAGAACGAAGCGUGCCCCUUGGAUCCUUAUGUGAUCUCUCACGAGAGGUGUCAGUUUGUCGAUCAACAGGUUCUCAAGCUGCAGGAGGCUCCGGACCAGGUCCCGGUUGGUGAGCUUCCUCGGCAUGUCCUGAUCUCGGCCGAUCGGUAUCUGGCGAACAGGGUAGUCCCUGGCUCGCGGUGCACGGUGAUGGGUAUCUUCUCUAUCUACCAGAAGGGCGGCAAGUCUGAUAAUGCCGUGGCCAUUCGCAACCCGUACUUGCGGGCAGUCGGUCUGAUGACGGAUCUGGACCAAACCGCCAAGGGAGCCUCGAUCUUUUCGGAAGAGGAAGAGCAGGAAUUCUUGGAGAUCAGUCGACGCCCUGAUUUGUACGACGCGCUUGCUCGCAGCAUAGCCCCCUCGAUUUACGGGAACCUGGACAUCAAAAAGGCGAUCGUCUGUCUGCUGAUGGGCGGUUCCAAGAAGAUCCUGCCGGACGGGAUGAAGCUGCGUGGAGAUAUCAACGUGUUGCUUCUGGGUGACCCCGGUACCGCCAAGUCCCAACUGCUGAAGUUCACGGAGAAGGUCUCCCCGAUCGCCAUUUACACUUCGGGUAAGGGUUCGUCCGCGGCCGGUUUGACUGCAUCAGUCCAGCGGGAUCACACCACCCGGGAGUUCUACCUGGAAGGCGGUGCCAUGGUCCUUGCGGACGGCGGUGUCGUCUGUAUCGACGAGUUCGACAAGAUGAGAGACGAGGAUCGAGUGGCCAUCCACGAAGCCAUGGAACAGCAGACCAUUUCCAUUGCCAAGGCCGGUAUCACGACCAUCCUGAACUCGCGGACGUCGGUGCUGGCCGCGGCGAACCCGGUGUUUGGCCGAUACGACGACCUCAAGUCGCCUGGAGAGAACAUCGAUUUCCAGACGACCAUCCUUUCCCGUUUCGAUAUGAUCUUCAUCGUCCGCGAUGACCACGAGCGUGGCCGCGACGAGCGCAUCGCCCGCCACGUUAUGGGCGUGCACAUGGGAGGCCGUGGUAUCGAAGAGCAGGUCGAGGCUGAGGUCCCGGUCGAUACGAUGAAACGGUACAUCAGCUACUGUCGAAGCCGCUGCGCCCCCCGUCUAUCUCCCGAAGCUGCCGAGAAGCUCUCGUCGCAUUUCGUCUCCAUCCGCAAGCAGGUCCACCGCGCGGAGCUCGACUCCAACACGCGCUCGUCGAUCCCCAUCACGGUGCGUCAGUUGGAAGCCAUUGUCCGUAUCACCGAGUCCCUGGCGAAGCUGAGCCUGUCGCCAAUUGCCACGGAAGCACACGUCGACGAGGCUAUCCGUCUCUUCCUGGCCUCGACCAUGGAUGCCGUUACGCAAGGCGAGGGUCAGGGCACCAAGGAAAUGAUGGAGGAGGUGAGCAAGAUUGAGGACGAGUUGAAGCGCCGGCUGCCCCUCGGCUGGAGCACGAGUCUGGCGACGCUGCGGCGCGAGUUCUGCGACGGCCGCGGUUACACGGAACAGGCGCUCAACCGCUCGUUGUUGGUGCUUCAGCGCCGGGAUACCGUCCGCAUUCGGUCUGGUGGUUCGCAGGUGUACCGGAAUGCUCCUUAG